UGAGGCUCGCCUCCUUCUACUCCCUACCAAUAGCGUGGUGCUCCCUCCUUUCUCCGCCCACCGCUAAGCGGAAGUUUCCUCUGGGGCUGCAUUUCUUAAACGACUAGACCGCCCCUUCGCACUUGCGCAAGCUGCUGAGAGGGAAGCGGCCGGAGUUUAGCAGGCCGGUUGAGUCCCUGUACCAGCCAGAACCGCCCCUGCGGUGGGAAGCCGGAGACUCUAGCCCCACCCUGGAAGAGGAGAAAGGCGUGAGAGACAAUUCUGACAACCACAUGAAGGAGAAACCCUCUUUAAAAGUAAUUACAGAGCUUCAACUAAGGCAAUGCCAAAUAGGAAUCACGUCAACUCAAGAGGUGAUGGAUGAUUCAUGGUGAUGGCUUGCAGGGUCAUGAACAAAAGAAGGCACAUGGGACUUCAGCAGCUUUCUUCAUUUGCAGAAACAGGAAGAACAUUCCUAGGCCCAGUAAAAUCAUCAAAAUUUAUUACUGAUGAAGAAUGUCAUGAAAGUGUAUUAGUCAGCUCAACAGUAAGGCUUCUUGAAAGUUUAGAGAUGACCAGUGCCACAGGGCAACUUCUCAAUGAAGCAGUUCAAGCACAGAAUGACACAUAUAGAACUGGAGCCACCACUCUUUUGUUUCUUGCUGGUGCAUGGAGCAGUGCUGUUGAAGAAUGUCUCCACCUGGGUGUCCCCAUUGCAAUAAUUGUUUCAGUAAUGUCAGAAGCCUUGAACUCCUGUAGUGAAGAGGUUGUUUCCCUUCAGGUACCUGUCCACAAUAUAUUUGACCAUAUGGGCAGCACAAAGGCAAUUUCUGAACUUGAGACAGUUAGUGUCAGUUUGUGUCCUUUUCUACAAGACCCUUCAGGUGCUAGUUCAGUACAGGAAGAGCAUGAUCACAGAGAUGGUGUACCUCAGUUAACCACUUACAAUCUUUCCAGGAGACCUGUUAAAUCACCUAAGUUCUUCCAACCUGAUGCUAAAAUUGAAGCAGGUGAAAACACAUCACAAACUCUGAAGAAUAGUCUACAUACAGACACCUUCAGAAAAUCUAUAUUUAUCCAUAGUAGGCAUUUUAACAGGACAGAUAAUAAUCAAGGAAUACACAAGCCAGAUAGAUUUCAGGAACAGCGUGGUGCCACUACUUUCCAAACUUACAGAUGUGAUGAUCUGGCUGAGUUGGCAGUGGGCUUGAGUCAUGGUGAUCAUAGCAGCAUGAAACUGGUAGAAGAAGCAGUACGGCUGCAGUAUCAGAAUGCUUGUAUGCAACAAGGCAACUGUGGAGUGCCAUUUGUGUUUGACAUUUCAAGACUCUUCACUUGCACUCUACCAGGCUUACCUGAAACCUUUUCUUGUGUUUGUCCAGGAUAUAUCAUGCUGGUGUCAAUAUCCUGUGCUGCUCUGAUUAAGGAAUUGCAGAAUCAGCCUAUUCGGGUAGUUCUUAUUGAGGGUGACCUCACAGAGAGCUAUCGCCACCUGGGAUUUAAUAAGUCUACAAAUAUUAAAACAGUGCUAGAUAGCGUGAAGCUUCAAGAAGACAGCUCCGAAGAACUGUGGGCAAAUCAUGUACUACAACUGUUAAUCCAGUUCAAUGUGAAUCUCAUCCUGGUAAAAGGAAAUGUAUCUGAACACUUGACUGAAAAAUGCAUGCACAGUAAGCGGCUGGUUGUUGGGUCAGUGAAUGGCCAUGUGAUACAGGCUUUCGCAGAGGCCACAGGAGCAGUGCAGGUGGCCUAUAUCACACAAGUGAAUGAAGACUGUGUGGGCAAUGGGAUCUCUGUGGCCUUCUGGAGAAAACCCUUGGAUGUUGUAGAUAGGAACAAUAGAAUCCCAGUCUUAUUAAAAACAGAAAGAAUUAAUUUGAUUACAGCAGUGCUCGCUAGCCCAGUUAGUGCACAGAUGCAAACCAAAGAAGAUAGGUUCUGGACAUGUGCAUAUCGUAUAUAUCAUGCUCUAAAAGAGGAAAAGGUCUUCCUUGGAGGCAGUGCAGUUGAAUUUUUGUGUCUUAGCCAUCUUCAAAUUCUUGCUGAGCAGCCUCUCCAAAAAGGAGACCGUGCCUGUUUGGGAUGGCUUCGUGAUACUUCCUCUUGGCUAGCUUCAUCUCUGGCAAUAUACAGACCAACUGUGCUUAAGUGCCUGGCAAAUGGAUGGUACAAAUACCUCUCAGUUCUCCUAUAUAACACUGCCAGUUACUCAUCAGAAUUGGAAGCCAGCACAUUCAUUCAGCAUCAUCUACAAAAUGCUAUAGGCUCUGGCUCUCCUUCAUCUUAUAUCUUGAAAGAAUAUAGUAAACUAGCUAGUGGAAUUUUUAAUUCAAGCAUUUCAAACAAACUGGAGCAGUUUCCAAGAGUUUAUGAUGUUGUUACACCAAAGAUUGAGGCAUGGCGCCGAGCACUGGACUUAGUACUCUUAGUGCUGCAAACAGACAGUGAAAUUAUUACUGGACUUGGACAUGUACAGAUAAAUUCACAGAAAUUAGAGGGUUUUUUAUUUUUGUAAUGUUAUUGUUAUGUCUUUGAAAAAUAAUCCUUUGUAAUAGAUCAUGCUAAUAAUAAAUUUAUUAAUGGUAAAGUCAUAGAGCUGAAAAUGCUAGCUGCUUACCAAGAAGAAGAAAAUUGAUGUCUGUCAGUAACUGCAGGGUCUGAGAAUAUACGUUACUGGUAAACUAACAAA